UCCGAGCACCGCGCGACCUCCCUCCCCGUCGAGCUCGAGCCCACACCACACCCAAUGACCCAAGAGGUCAACACUAGAUGACCUCGCCGCCGCGUCACCCCGUCCCCGUCCCGGAGCAGCAGCACAAGGUCAGCUGGGCUAUGCCAGCGCGAGGAGCCGAGGACAUGGCGGGACGGGCUGGAAGCCGUCCCUUGAGCUGCACUGCAGCUUCUCUUCCUCCGCGACUACACGGAGCAGCAGCCGGACCGGAAGCCGUGCCGUCCCUAUGUCAGCGCCCAGCCGCUCACGCCUAAGGUGCGGCGGCCGUCCCUCAAGAAACGGUCGCCGUCCACCUCGUCGCGUAUCGCUUCGGAGAUGCCGUCGUCGCAUCGGCUGUUGCCUGGUCGGCCAAGAGGUCGCCCAGCGCUCACCGCCCGGGCAGGUUCUGCUUCCUCAACCUCGCCCACGAUAUGCUCGAUGAAAUGCGCCAGGACAGAGAGCGUCGCGCGCGCGCGCGCGCGCGCCAGUCAGGGUCCUUUCCCUCGAGGUUGAAGCUCUGCUGCUCCUUCAUUCUCUGCGGCGCUGCCUCCUACGGCAGCAGCGUGGCGCAUGUCUCCAUGGUGGGGCUGUUGGUGUAGCAGUGGCAUCCGUCCGCCCAGGGAGUGUGCGCACUGGGGCUGACGUUCAGGUGCAAGAGCCUGAGCAUGGUGGUACGGCACCAGGUGCGUGGGCAAACACCCGAUAACUGCCUACUAGAGAAGUGAGUUCUCACUAGCUUGUUGGCCUGGACGAAGGGGAUUCACGGCAUCAUGUGCCACCGGGACAGAAUGCUAUUCCAAGAGCUUCCAAGCAAGCGAUGGCCAUGGCUGGAGUGUUACAUCUCUGGAAUGAAUGGGAGAUCCAAAUCCUGGUCCUUGUCAGCUUCGCGUUGCAGGUUUUCCUGCUCAGCUUCGCGUGGAUGCGUCGGCACAGCAUCUCUCGUGCUCUGAGGAUCCUCCUUUGGCUCAUGUACCUGCUGGCUGAAUACACUGCGACAUACACCAUAGGUUAUCUGUCCAUCACUAGUUGCAAGCCAGCAGGCAAGCUGCAGCAGCAGCUCAUGGCAUUCUGGGCACCGUUCCUUCUUGUGCAUCUCGGCGGCCAGGACACCAUCACGGCCUACGCCAUGGAGGACAACCAGCUCUGGCUGCGCUACCUGCUCACUUUUGCCGUGCAGGCCCUUGGAGCAGCUUAUGUCCUCUAUAAGAACAUGGGCAGCCAUGGGCCACUGGUUGUGCCUGCUGUCCUGAUAUUUCUCGUGGGUGUACUCAAGAAUGCAGAGAGAGUAUGGACACUCAGUUUCUCCAGGCUGGAGAUCAUAAGAAGGUACCUGGACGGUGUUUCGAUCAAGGAAAACGACAGGGAUUACUCUGCUACAGGAGCAGGAGCAGAAGCACAGUUGGACAAAUUGCAUGACGAUGAAUCGGUUCUGCAGGGUGCUCAUGACCUGCUCUACAUCUGCUUGGGUCAGUUUGUGGAUGACAAGAUCUGGCCGUCCAUGUUUCAGAACAAUGUGAUGAAGCAUUUUCAUGGGAAUAGCAAAACAUUCGAGCUAGUCGAGAUGCAGCUCUCCUUGAUGUAUGACAUCUUUUACACCAAGGCAGCAGUGAUCCACACAUGGUAUGGUCGUUGUGUCCGUGUCAUGUCGUUGCUUGCGACAGGCAUGGCAUUCUAUUUGUUCAAGUUCAGUACUGAUGGCAAAGACUACGGCUACAGCUACAGCACAGUGGAUGCUGCUGUCACCUACAUACUGGCAGCUGGGGCUCUCAUUCUGGAGAUAGCAUCAGUGUUGAGGGCAAUGGGGUCAACAUGGACAUGUGCCAUGCUGAAAGCGACCAAGUGGGACUGGCUGCACAACCUGCACGUAUCUCUUCGGCGGUGUGUCAGGAUAGUACAAGCAAGAAGAUGGUCUUAUUCCAUCGGACAGCUUAACUUGCUGGAUUCCUACUGCUACAAAGGUGAUGAAACAAGUCUAGGAUCUGUUGGGGAGAGAGACAAAACAAGUCUUGGAAUGGAAGACAGCAGUUUUGCUCCGAAAAAAGAUAAAAGGGGAUUCACCAUACAAAUAAAAGAUAAGGCAGCAAAUCUAGGCAGCAAAAUGGUUUCCUUUUACAGAGAUGGCAGCAGCAGGAUUUAUUUGACGGCCGUCAAGGAGCUGGUGCUGGAAGAGAUACAGAGAGUGGUGGAAGCAUGUGAAGGCAAUGAGGGCGUGAUGAGAAGCUACCGUGGUCAGUGCGUGCUGGAGCAACGAUGGCCUGAAUGUGAUGAUGGUAGUGGUGGAUUCUUGAAGGAUCUCACCUGGAGCACGAACAUGGAUUUUGAUCAAAGCAUCCUUGCAUGGCAUCUUGCCACCGACAAGUUCCUCCGGCACUCAAUGUCAUCUACAAGAAAUGAAGGGCCGUCUCGUUCCCUUGUGGAGGCAACCAAGGCAGUCUCCAACUACAUGAUGUUCCUCCUUGUGGAACGUCCCUACAUGCUGCCAUCCCCUGUUCGACCCACAUUGCAUCUCCAAGCCAAGAAAGCGUUGCGGCAAUGGCAUUAUUCGCAGUUCAUGGAGCGAGACAGCCACAACAAAGGUACUAUUGAUGAGGAAGCGCAAGUCCUUAAUGCUGGAGCUAAACUCGCUGACCAACUACUAUGCAUGGAGGAAUUGGAGAAGCCAGGGCCCAACAAGCUGCUGCGGGUGGUUUUUGGGGUGUGGGUGGAGAUGCUAUGCUACGCGGCACAUCACUGCAGCAGGGAGUCCCAUGCUAAGCAGCUCAGCAGUGGCGGAGAGUUGAUAACCAUCUCGUGGCUUCUGACCACGGCAGAGUAUAAUCGCGUCUACUACAGCCAAACAAACUUUAAGGAGAGAAAGCAUGGUUCUAUCUGGAAUUUCAUGAAUUUCGUGGAUUUCAAGGAUUUUGCGUCGAACAUUCUUUUUUCCCAUUCUGGAUGGAUGCCCAUGUGUAGAGGUCCGAGUGGACUCUUUCGAAGAGUUGUCUAGCCAACAACUCGGUGUUUUGGAAGCUCCUGAGUCCUGACGCAUGAUUUUUUCCCAUAAAUUUACGCUGUCUUAUAGAUAUAUUUACACUGGUUUAUUACUAUAUUUAUAAUGGUUUCUUCCA